UGAGACUUGUCUGUGUGGGAGCAGUGAGACACUUUGUUGAGCUCUAAACUAUAUUUACCUAUAGCGAUCCUUAUUCAAAUGUAGCCUUAAAGAGGAAGGACCUAUACCGGAAAAAGAUACCAUCUCUCAGUAACCGCCAAGAGCAAUGCAUCUGCUCCUGCUGUUGUCUCUUUUGCUCAAAGUGUCUCGCGCUGAUGACCUCACCCCUAUGUCGGCGUAUGUUGGGGAAAAUGUCACGCUGCUUUCAGGGGCCCAUCCAUCGUGGGACCUUUUAGGCAUCACCUGGUCUAUAUGGACCAACACCACGUGGAUAGCCACCUAUUCAGAGGGAAAAAUAAAUGUGAGCAGGUUUUAUAAAUACAAGGGGAGGCUCAGUCUGGAUCGACAUACAGGGAAUUUGCACAUAAGUAACUUGAGCAGUGCAGAUGGAUUGGAAUACACUGUGGAAUUUUACAACUCCGAGAAUGAAAAUAAAGUUAACAAAAUCAAACUCAGCAUAAAACAGCGACUGCAGAAGCCCAACAUCACAACCUUUCAAAGCUCAACAAAAGACGAAUGCUUAUUUGCUCUGCGCUGCUCCUCUUCGGACUCUGGGGUCACUCUGUCCUGGGAAUCGCACCCUCAACUCCAAAGAUAUGAAUCCACCAACAACAGUAUCAUGGGCAUUCUCAAAGCAGCUCAGAACAUCACCUGCAUCGCCAGAAAAAACACAGAUGCUGCCAGCAGAACCGUCUCUGUCAAAUGUGAUGCUCCUCCUCUCAACCCAACUGCUGUUCCCCAUCCUUGUCCCCAAAUAAUCCCGAAAGAUCCAAUAUUCUUUGUAGUUGGUUUUUUUGUUGCCGUUCUUCUGAGUUUAGUUGUUGUUUUUCUACGAAAAAGAAACUGUAAUUGUUUAAAUAAUAACAGUUCUGAUAUUUGAAGGCCUUGCCAUUGUGGAACAUAUAUAUAUAUAUUUUUAUGAAGUUUUAAUUUAUUAUGAAUAAAGAGAGUAUACUUGUUCUGAUACAGCUCAAGAUCGUUCUAAAGCUGUUCAGGAAAGGUUCAUUUCUUUCCUGUGAAUGUGACUUUAGUAUCAAUACCUGCUCAAAUGAGUAUUUAGUUUUGAUAUUAGUUUCAGUAUUGAUUAGUAUUUCAAUAGUUUUGACAACCUAAGAGGAUUAUAGAGUUCCAUCAAAACAAUACAUCUUUUUUUACCGGUAUAACAUUCAUAAAGCUCACUGGUGCAUUUAGUUAACAAACUACAAGCUGCACAACAGGAAGUUGUAAAGGUUAUGGAAACCACAACAUCAUGCAGGUCGGUGUGCACAGGGGAUGGUUGCAUUGAGGAUGACACUGACAUAAUAAAUGUAGCUUCAAAGUUUAGCAAUUCCAGGGCUGCAAAUGAUUGAGAUGAUUCUAGUGCAGGUGUAUCGAGUUCAGUGGAAUGAAGUGGAACAGAGUGUUUUCAGUUUGAGUUUGUGGGCUUGUAUGCACAGAAAUUAAGACUGUGUUGCUUAUGUACCCUUUAUUUUACCCUAAAAAGUGUUUCUAACAGGAAACUGGACUUUUUUAUGAUAAUUUUCCCAUUAGUACAUUUUCAUUGUUUUUUUUGUUUGUUUUUUUUUUUUUGUUUUUUUUUUUUUGUUUUUUUGUACUUAAUAUAAUGCUCACAUUCUACCAAACUAAUGUGAACUAAUCUGGAUUGUAUUAUUUUAAUUUAUUUUAGAUAAUAAACUCUUCUUUUAAAGU